UUUCUUAGUUCCAGCUGAGUGUGGAAGAGGAAGUAUCAAGUAGCCAUUCUCUGGGGCUGCUACAGUGCAGGGAACAGAUAUAAACUUCUGAGAAUUCCACCUGCAUUCCCAGCUCCAGAGGGGUUUUUCCUGAGCAGUUGGGCUUCUGAUGGUGGCAUCCAAAGCAAGUUUCUGAGGCUCAGCUAUCAGUGAAAGGAGCAGAGGGUCAGCUGAUGUGUACUACGGCAGCAGGUUACAAAGAAAUAGCUUUGAAACUGGUUUCUGAGAUGAUUUGAAAAAUGUGUAGUGGGGACAUUGGGCAAUAGGAGAAGUGAGUCACUCUCUUACAACAUAGGCCUGGAAAUGAGAUAAACCCUGAAUGUCCUCACUCAGUGUUUACUCAGACAAAACUCCCUGUGGGUUUCAACGACUGAGGUCAGCUCAUCAGAUGCUGUAGCUCUGCUAAAGUCAAUAGAGCCACACUGGUCCCCAUCCUCCCCCACAAGGAGGGUUUGGCCCACCGUAAGCCCCCCAAAAUUGCUUUUAUUAUCUAUAGACUAUAUUCCAGAAGUGCUGGGGGUCUCCACCGGUAUCAGGACCUUUCUGUGCUAGGCGCUGUAUGGACACAAUGCUCGCCUUGAGCUUACAGUCUAAAUAGAAAAGAUGGACCAAGGGGAAACUGAGAGGGGCUUUUGCUGGCUCAUCUGCUUCAAGGGGACUCAAUGCUUCAUCAGUGCUUCUAACAGGUGUGAUGAUCCAUCUGCAUGCCCUAAACAUGCAAUGUGCACCUCUACUAUCCAGAGCCACUACUGUACCUGCCGACCUGGGUUUGUAUCCACUUCAGGGGACCCAGACUUCACUGAUCCAACAGUUCAAUGCAAAGAUGACAGCUGUAUGAAUUCGUCUACUUGUCCUGAUCUUGCAACUUGUCAAAACAUCCCUGGGGGCUACCACUGCACUUGCAAAGAUGGGUUUGUGCCUAGUUUUGGGGCAGAACCAUUCACUGAUCCAAGAGUGGAGUGUGUCGUUGAUGGGUGUUGGAAUUCGUCGUCUUGUCCUGCUUUUGCAAUCUGUGAAAACUUCUCCGGGGGCCACCACUGCACCUGCAAACAAGGGUUUUCAUCUAGUUCUGAGGAGCACCACUUCACUAAUCCAACAGUGAAGUGCGUAGAUAUUGAUGAAUGUUCUCAGGUCCCAUCAGUCUGUGGCCCUCACAGCAUCUGCAUCAAUACCCUAGGGAGUUUCACCUGCCAAUGUUCUCCAGGUUAUUCUUCCUCCAGUGGGACCUCUUGGAAACCUGGUGACUCCCACACCUUGAACUGCACAGAAAAUCUCUUUAUCUGCCAACCCGGGAUUCUGCAAGGAGACGAUUUCAAAAGCCGGUGCAGCAACACCACCCAGCACGGAAACCAGAAAAGCAACAGAUUUUGCACCAUCCUGAAUCAGACCACAAAGCACCUGGAAUCUGCAUGUGGCAAUGGAAACCAGUCAGUAUCAUUGGAGGAAGUCUUUACUUCUCUUGAUUCGCUUUUCAAUGCCACUGCCCAGCAGUCUACCGAGAGCAAAGAGGAGGUCACAUGGGCAGCCACCACCUUUCUGCAGCGCGUAGAAUUGGCCGCCUUGGAAGCUGCUCAGAAAAGUCCCGAGAACAAGCCGCAGACUAUCAUAGCCAAGACGAUGACCAUUGCAGCCCUGCGGGUUAUGGAUAACUGCAGUCGGGCAGGGAAGAUGAUCGAACUGAACGCUCAAAGCGACUCAAUGAGCAUUGACUGCACGACAGUGGUUGGCGCCAGUGAACCAGGCUCCGGAGCCGUUGCCUUCAUAUCGUACGCCACUCUCGAGUCCAUCCUGAACAAUAACUUUAUCGACCAGCAAAACCUGAUAGGUGAUGACAAGCUGGGUACCAUUACGCUGAAUUCCAAGGUAGUGAGUGGGAUCACGGGGAAACCCGGACCCCUCUCCAAACCUUUCAACUUCACCCUGAAGCAUAAACAGAGAAAGGAAAUGGAAGACAAGAUUGUCUGUGUUUUCUGGAACCUCACUGGCACCUGGUCUACUGAAGGCUGCAGACUUCUCCUUGUGAACAGCACUCACACUACCUGCAACUGUAAUCAUCUGUCCAGCUUUGCGAUCCUGAUGGCUUCACAUGCUAUCAAGGAGAGUGACCCACUGACCAUCAUCACCUAUGUGGGACUGACCCUCUCUCUGCUGUGCCUCUUCCUCGCCAUCCUCACCUUCCUCCUGUGUCACUCUAUCCGCAACGUCAGCACCUCCCUCCACCUGCAGCUCUGCCUCUGCCUUUUCCUGGCCGACCUGCUCUUCUUCACCACGGUGGACAGAGUCACCAACAAGGUGGCAUGUGCUGUCAUUGCUGGCCUCCUACACUACCUCUUCCUGGCCUGUUUCACCUGGAUGUUCCUGGAGGGGUUACACCUCUUCCUCACCGUCCGGAACCUGAAGGUCGUGAAUUACACCAGUGCCAGCCGGUUCAAGAAGAGAUUCAUGUACCCGUUCGGCUACGGAUUCCCAGCCCUGGUGGUGGCUAUUUCUGCAGCGGUGAAUCAUAAAGGCUAUGGAACUUCCAAACACUGCUGGCUCACAAUAGAGGGAGGCUUUAUCUGGAGUUUCCUUGGACCUGUCUGCUUUAUUAUUGUGAUGAAUUUAGCAUUUUUUAUCACAACCCUCUGGAUCCUGAGAGACAAAAUCUCCUCCCUCAAUACAGAUGUCUCCACCCUCAAAAACACAAGGUUACUGACAUUUAAAGCAAUUGCCCAGCUUUUCAUCCUGGGCUGCACUUGGAGUCUUGGUCUGUUGCAAACAAAAGCAGCAGCCAUGGUCAUGGCGUAUUUAUUCACCAUCAUCAACAGCCUGCAGGGAGCCUUCAUCUUCCUGGUGCACUGUCUCCUCAAUCAGCAGGUGAGAGAGGAGUACAAGAGAUGGAUCAGAAGGAUUGAAACAUCCAGAACCAAGUCUCAGACUUCCGGGCUAUCUAUGUCAGCUGUCACUGUCACCACCAGAACUGAAUGGGAAAAGUCCUCUUGAAAAAGUGGAGUCUACUACUGCAUGUGGGGGAAAAUAAAGCCCUGCUCCAUUCCCAGCACCAGAAGUCCCCUUUUUUACCGAGAAGAGGAAGCUGCUUAUCUCCAGUAUCCUCUAAUAGCUGCUACUGUAUGGCUUAUCCUUGUAUGGGGAAGGGGAAGGCUGUGUUUCACAUGUUUAACUAUUUUAGUACCUUUGACUUCACCCAAGUGGUUUCCAUCUUCACCCUGAAGUCUUGAGUGAGGGCCUGAUUCUGCUCCAGUUGAAGUCAACUGGAAUUUUCCCAUUAAUUUCAGUGGGAGCGGGAUUGCGAACAGAGAGCCAAAGAAUUGGCAAAUCUGUCCCGUUAAUAAAAGGUGGAAAAAAAGAUUUAAUUUUGCUCUCCUUCCCCCAAACCCUAAGGCUUGGCAUUUCCCAGCCUGGGAGAACUUGGGCCAGCUUCUCAUCUCAGUUUCGACUGCUACAAAUCCAGAAUUACUGAAAGUCAGUGGAGUUACUCUGGAUUCACACCAAGAUAGCUGCAAGCAGAAUGUGGCCUCUUGUGUUUCUUUCUUUCUGUUGUGCUUGACAUUGAAUCGAGAACUGUGAGGUUGGCGUACCUGUUCCUGUUCAGCAUUAAUAGCCAGGCAAGACCCUCAACCAAUAUGGAACUGCUUAGCAUCUGCUUAGGAUUUAGCCAAUGUUGAAAUGAGGCCAUGUCUUCCCUCAGAUUACUGCCAGCUGGAUGGACAUUUGUGUAGAUGAACUCAGUGAGGAUGCAAAAUACAGAAACAAUCCUGUGUUAGAGAGUCAAAAUCCAUCUCCAUUUAAGUGUAAAAGCUCCCCGGAUAUGACAGCUUCUUAUAAACAUCCAAAAUCCUUAUUAGAGCUGAGUGGAGAAUGUACAGCUAGUAAUUUGCUCCUCAAAUUUUGCCUCUGUUUCUG